UCGAAACUUCCUGAUUAUUAUUGCUUUGGCUAAGGUUAGGAUUGAGUAUGUUGCUUAUGAGAUUGCUAUUAUUUAAAAGUGGGGUUAGACUAAGAAGUAGGUUGAUUAGCGGUUUAAGUUGCGCCAGUAAGGAUAUCAGCUGGUACAGCGAGUCGGCUGAAGGUGUGUUAGAGGAAGAUUGCUUCCUCGUCCAACUCUUGAGAUGGUGGAUUUGAAGGGUGCAGGGGACUUCGCAUUGUAUAGUCUAAAUUAGGGAUUCUGCCAUUUCGAUUUAUGAGAAGUUUAUGAUGAUUCGGUUUGUGAGUGACGGAAUUGGGGGUGAUUAUAGUUUAAUCGGAUGGAUUUCUGAGGACGGCGAGCUAUCACGGAAUAUGUAGAUUUCGUUCCGUUUACGAGAGAGCUACGACUAAAUUCUUUAUCCCAGGUAAGUGGAAGGGGGGGGGGGUCCCUGUCCGAUAUCGUCCGGGGUUUGAGAAUUCCCCAAGUGUGAUAACUCAGAAAAAUUUAGUUUGUAGGUGCGUGGGUUUUUAAGAAUAGGCUUCGGAUAUUGAUAUGCCCUUUCCUGCUGCUGGAGUUCUAAGUCUUUUUGUUUAGACAAAAGCAGAUAUGAUAAGUUUUUUUCUAGGUGCAGCAUGCUUUGGAGUUAAUACAAGAUUUUUCAGGGGAUGAUUCGAGGCAGUGGUUGUCUAAAGAGUGUAUGUGUCUAGUAAACCGCAAAGCAGGCACCGAGGUUUGUUGCGACAAUGUUUGUUGACGUGGCCAAAUUUAAAACAUUAAUAGCACAUAAUGACAAAGGUUAGACAAAUUCUGAAAUUUCGUGUCUCGAACUGUAAAAAUAAUAAGCUAGGAGAAUUUAGACAUCAAAUGUUAAUUGGAUCGUGGUUGUAGGAGAGUAGGUUACAGCACCGUCCUUCACCACCUUCCUAUUGAGGCGCCUUGCAGAGGUUACUAUAGCACUAGCUACAGUACAACUGUUGUCGAUGAUUUCCUCGAUGAUGUCUUUUGAAAUAUCCCUAAUGAUUUCCAGUUUAGGGACGCUAUUCGAGGAGAUGAAGAAAGUGUAACCAAAGGUUCUGAUAGAUUGAUUGCUAACCAAAGAGUUAGCGGUUGUUUUAUCAUUAAAUGCGGCUAAGAGUUUCCCCCAGUAUAUCUUUUUGACAUCUACUAUUUUGUGUUUAAAGAGUUGGUUUAGUAAUUUCUUUACAGAGACCUGGUGAAUAUACUUCUUGGAACUUUGAAGGUCCAGUUGAAUCGUGACAACGUAGGGGUUUAUAUUGUUGUUUGAGUAGCGGUUUUCCAGCAGUGUGGUUAGAGAAUCGCUAGGCUAAAUUGGGAUAGUGAGCGAUAUUAGUACUAUUACAAUAUUGCAAUUGUAGAGUCAUGUCUGGCUUGUUGCUCUGAGGCGACAGGGUUAUAUGAGGUGCGGGAUCCGUCGAUUUUUGUUUAUUGUUAAGAUGAACUUUAGCUUGGGCUUUGUUUGUUAAGUUAAGUGAAUUAUUAUCACGGUUUUUUUUUCGAAAUCAAGGGGUCUUUCAAUUACUAAUUCCCCGUAAAAAGACUUCCUAGUCUGGUUACUUUGACUGCUGAACAGGGACCUGUUUCACCUCAGUGGAUUUUGCAUUGCCAUUUGAGGUUAGUCAGUCGGAGGGUAUAGACGGCACAAGAGGCACUGGUGUUACGUUCUAACUACGCUUAAUUAAACGUGGAGAGACGUAAUCUCCUGAGUUCUGCUCGCGCGCGCUCCCGUUUCCGCCUCCUUACGGGCUCGGUUGCUAGAUUGGGCUCAGGUUAUUUAUAUAAACACUAGAUAGAGGAAUCAAACCAUGAUCAAUUUAUUUAGCCAAUAGUCCUCACUCUCUCAAUCUUUACUUAUAAUAUUAUCUUAAUCGCAGUAUCUAAAUAUAUUCUUAAGAUUAUAUCACAUUGGUUUUACAAUCACACUAUGAGUUCUCACCAGUUCUCACGCACUCAACUUAAGAGGGACCUACGAGCAGUGUAGCUGGCUCGUGAGAUCAACCGUGGGUUACGGUAUGGUUUUCCGAAGUCCGUCAAAAUUUCGCGAGACUGAUAACUACUUGAACUUUAUACUUCUGCGAAGAAGUUCUAACGUCAUUCGUUAGACUGCAAAAGGAGGAUCUCCAUUUUGCUUUCAGCAAGCGAAGAAUUGUUGGAACCAGUUGAUCGUCGACGUUGAGUAGGAAGUUAGAGUUCUCAGAAGUAUAGGAUAAGGAAGCUAAGCAUUUAAGUUUUUGGCUGACUAUGUUUUUAGGCAUACAAUUGAAGAAUAGAGGUUAUAUAUUAGGAAAGUCCGUCAUUGCACAGGCCGAACCGAGCGGCCUAACUGAGAGGAGACACCCACCUGUGGUUGUUGUUGUUAUUGAUAAUUUGACUUUAAAAUCGCGUUCAACAAUGUGAAAAACCUCUAGAACCUUUUAAAUCAAAAAUUGGAAAAUGUUCAACAUUAGUCGUUAUGGUCGAGACCGCGUUGGCCAGUUUAGUGGCCGGUAACAAAUUCCACGUCUGCUCGUAAUCUAUAGAUUCUAUAUAUGUAUCUAUACAUAAAUUUCCUGUAAAAAAAUAUUAAAUUUCAAGGCAAAAAUGCCGGUCCUCUAAAAGUUAACUGUAGGAGUUUUCAGGCUACGACAGUUCGAACUUCACCCAGGUAGUACAUACAUACACAUGUGUAACAGGUAUUUAUAACUUGCCAUUCCUAGGUUGCCUUUCGAAGCUUACUGAAAGGUAUUCAGUGUAUGUCUUUAUAUUGACAUUUACUUUACUGUUGUCUGAAAGAAGACUUUAUUAAGAUUUUCCAAACAAAUAAUUAAAUAGUUAUCUGAAUUUCAUUAUCUUAUUUGGUCUGGUUGAUGCAUACGUUGAAUAUAAAGUAUUAAGGGGCAAGUGUAUGAAAAACAGAUAAGGUUACCGGCACAUUACAAGACAAGCGAUGUUAAAAGUUAAGAGUUUUCACGUAGUGUCUUAUGGGAAAAUCUCCAUGGCCUCGCUCCCAUGAAUAAUAUAUGUAUUUAGCAAUUAGAUGCAUACGUAAUAACCAUUCUAAAUACUUAUUCCAUGAAGAUUUCGAAUUUUGUAGAUAACUUGAAAAGAAGCGAUUCACCGAAGAAAGAAGUACUUCCUUGAAUCCAUUGAAAAUUAUAAUUAUAGCUAUAGUUUAUUUGGGAUUCGUGAUUGCUCGGUGUUAAUUGUGUCAUGAAAUUAUUCUACAGAUUAUUUGUUUAAAAAUUAAUUGUAACUAUUGAAUUUCCCUGUUCUACAUUUUCAAAAUGUAUAUGAACCAGGAAUCUUUGUUUAAUAAAUAAGCAAUGUUAUGCCAUAGGUUAUACAUAUACAGGUCUCAUAAUUUUUAUAAGCUGCCUUCUCUUGUUUGCAAAUAAAUUCAGGCUAACCUCGUGAUACAAUGAUUUUCUAUUUCUUAUGGUACUAUGGGUGACAGACAAAUAGAAUCCUUAUAUUCAGGUGCACCUGGUAAGUCCAGGGUAGUUAAAACUCAUAUUCGCAUAUCGACUACUUUCUCGGAGAGAUGGAGAACAAUAUUUAGUUGCUGCUUUCGCGGUUUAACCAAGAGAAAAGCUUCUAUACAGGAUUACGAUCCAGAAGAGUGCGAUUAUAUAGUUGAGAAACUCGUUGUAAAACGCGUGCCAAUAGCACUUUUCGCAACGCCCUACGAUAUUUACGAUAGAAAGAGAAUUAAAAAACGAGAAAGUGAAGAUGGAUUUCCUCCUGUACGGAUGACGGACACUAAAAAUAUAUAUCGUGUUAUACCCGACAUGAAACAACCUUUGUAUUACGCAAUGAAUGACACUCAUGAUAAGCCAAGCACAAGUAUACAUUUCGCAAAGAGCACAGAUACUCUUCACGAGGAUGCCAUUUACAAUUAUGAUAAAAAUCUAGAAACAGAAAGGCAGAAUGAAUAUUUAAAUCGUUUUACCGCAUUACAUCCUGAUUUAAAGGAAUGUGACAGACCACCAAAAGAUCCAUGUCCAUUGAAUUUACAAAGUAGAAAUAAAAGAUCAUUGGCUGAGGACAUUUCGGAAAUAGCUUCUACAAGAAUUGGAAGUCCGCGAACGGACACUCGUGGGAAUUACAAAAUUGACACAAAAGCCGGUGCGGUUUACGUAACUGUUUCUGAUACGUCCAGAGAAUUAUCUAUGCUGUCGGUCGAUGAGGAAUUUCCAACAAGAGACACGCCGUUUUCCAUUCGUCGGAACGCAUCAAACUGUAGUAAAAUCGAAAGUGUAGCUCUCCUUCCGUGCGUCUCAUUCAGUCAAAAGAAUUCACGAGAACACGUGAAUAAAUUUGAUCUCGGCAAUCACAGUAGCGAUAGUGCAAAAUCGAAAUCACGCAGUGAUAUUUCUUCGGAUGACAAAUCGCAGGAUUAUGAAAGUCCCAAAGGUAAAGAGAAUUACGUCGUAGCGCCAGUUUCCGUGCAUUAUGCACCUCGUCAGUUGGAGUCCUUUUCUAAAUCAGUGGAAUCCAGUAACAAGUAUGAAAACGUUCAAGAAAUUGUAGCUAAACGAAAUAAUACUUUAGCUACUAAAAAAAUUCAAGAUCUCUUAAAGUCUACAGAUUUGCGGAACUCAAGCAGCGCGAUGGUUGAGGAAUCGACAGUGAUGGAUCAUUCAAAAAAUGAUAAUCUCGCUGGAACUACUUUAAGAUGGAAAAUUAUUAUUAAACAUCGCCCAUCCAGUGAUACUUCGCAAUUAUCAAGUCCUCGUGAUUCGGAAAUGGUUGAAAGAAUUAAGAAAGAGACGCUGCCACCAACAAAGAACACUGAUUUUCAGAAAUAAAGUGUAAUUUUAGUCGUUUAAAAAAAAAAGUAAUAUAUUUACGUAUU